AGAGAGAGAGAGAGAGAGAGAGAGCGACUGUAUUGGAAAACUGUAGCUGGCUGUGGCUCCACGCCCUAUACAAUCAACACUGUUCGGAAAUGCGUGAUUGGACAGGCUGAAGAAGAUGAGCACAGCAUAACCCCUCCCCCCUCUGCAGCGAUUGGACGGCUUGAAGAUGAUGUCGCGCUCGGGGGCCUCCUACGACCAGCUGGCCCAGCAGGUGGAGGACCUGCGGAAGGAGAACAGCUACCUGCGCAGGGAGCUGGAUGAUAACUCCACUCACCUGUCCAAGCUGGAGAACGAGACGUCCCACAUGAAGGAGGGCCUGAAGCAGCUGCAGACGAAGCUGGAGCAGGAGGCGCGUUCUCUGGCCUCCACUGAGAGGUCAGACACACUGGACCAGCUCAGAGAGCUGCACAUGGAUUUGACCCAUUAUUAUGAGCUGAAGUACCAACCGCACAACCUGCGGGCUGGCCCAGAGGCCCCGCCCCCUCGCCCCACCCCCCACGGGGGUCCUUCUCUCUCAGGGGAGGGCGUGGCAAUGCACCCUGGGGCGCCCCACCUCCUGGACGACAUGCUCCUCAAAGAGGAACCCCUGGGUGAGACCCAGGUUACCACCCAGCACCUGGAGGAGCUCCUGAAGGAGAGGGCCUUGCUGCUGAAGGAGAUCGAGAGAGAGGAGAAAGAGCGGUGCUGGUACUACACCCAGCUGCAGGCGUUGUCACGGCGACUGGCUGAGCUGCCUCGCAUCGACACAUUCUCAGCGCAGAUAGAUUUGAUUGGGCAGCAGCUGGAGUUUGAGGUGCAGCAGGUGCGCUCGGCGAUGGAGGAGCGCUUUGGAACCAGCGAUGAGAUGGUGCAGAGAACCCAGAUCCGAGUGGCGCGAUUGGAGCAGCUGGAGAAAAAACUGCAGGAGGUGCACGACCCCCCCUCAGAGAGCCAGACUAACUCCUAUGGAAAGACUGAGGCUGAAAGUAUGUCUCUUAGUUCUGGAGCAGAAGCGGCUGGAGAGUCAGGAAGCAAAGUGGAGAUGGUGUUCUGGCUGCUGUCCAUGCUGGCCAAUCGGGACCGGGAGGAGAUGUCCCGCACUUUUCUGGCCAUGUCCAGCUCCCAGGAGAGCUGCCUGGCCAUGCGCAAGUCCGGCUGCGUGCCCCUGCUGGUGCAGAUCCUGCAUGACGGGCCGGGCGUGGCCGGGGGCGGGGCCGGGGGCGGGGCCAGCAGCCGGGAGGCACGGUCCCGGGCGGGCGCCGCCCUGCACAACGUGGUGUACUCGCAGCCGGACGAGGGCCAGGCCCGGCGGGAGAUGAGGGUGCUCCACGUGCUGGAGCAGAUCCGCACCCACUGCGAAACCGGGUGGGACUGGAUCCAGACCCACCUGGGAACGACUUCACCUGGGAGCGCAAAAACCACAGCCAUCCCGGAGGCUCCAGAGCCGCAGAUCUGCCAGGCCAUGUGCGCCAUCAUGAAGCUGUCCUUCGAAGAGGAGUACCGCCGUGCCAUGAACGAACUGGGGGGCCUGCAGGCGGUGGCGGAGCUGGUCCACCUGGACCAGGUGCUGUACGGCAUGCAGUGCGAGCCCCUCAGCAUGGCCCUGCGCCGAUACGCCGGCAUGACUCUCACCAACCUCACCUUCGGGGACGUGGCCAACAAGGCCACUCUUUGCUCCAGGAAAAGUGCUCUGCAGGCCAUCGUGACCCAGCUGGAGUCUGACAGUGAGGAGCUCCAUCAGGUGGUGUCCAGUAUUCUGAGGAACCUGUCGUGGCGAGCAGACCUGAACAGUAAGAAGGCCCUGAGGGACGUGGGCAGUGUGACAGCGCUCAUGACCUGCGCACUGCAGGCCACCAAGGAGUCCACGCUGAAGAGCCUGCUGAGCGCACUGUGGAACCUGUCCGCUCACAGCCCGGAGAACAAGGAGGCGCUCUGCUCCGUCGAGGGCUCCCUGGGGUUCCUGGUCAGCACGCUCACGUACAGGUGCCAAACAAACCAGCUGGCAGUCAUGGAGAGUGGAGGAGGAAUCCUGCGCAACGUGUCCAGCUUAGUGGCCACCCGCGAGGACUACAGGCAAGUGCUGCGGGACCAUAACUGCCUGCAGAUCCUGCUGCAGCACCUGCGCUCCCACAGCCUGACCAUCGUGAGCAACGCCUGCGGGACCCUGUGGAACCUGUCGGCCCGCAGCCCGGAGGACCAGGAGCUGCUGUGGGACCUGGGAGCGGUGGCCAUGCUGCGCAGCCUCAUCCACUCCAAGCACAAGAUGAUCGCCAUGGGCAGCGCCGCCGCCCUGCGCAACCUGCUGGCCAGCCGGCCGCUCAAGUACAAGGACGCGGCGGUGGUCUCCCCGGGCUCCUGCACGCCCUCGCUCUACAUGAGGAAGCAGAAGGCCCUGGAGGCCGAGCUGGACGCCCGCCGCCUGGAGGAGACCUUCGACUCCAUGGAGAGGCGGAGCCAGAAGGUUCCGGCGCCGGCCCUGGCCAAACCGCUGCGGCGCAUGGAGAGCCUCGCCCGCGACUACGGCUCCGACUCGGGCUGCUGCUUCGAGGAGGACGAGGCAGCCCCCAGCGCCUCGGUGGGUCUGGACACCACCAGCUUCUCCAUGCUGUCUGCGUUCCUUAGCAACAACGCCGGGGGCAACCCACCCAAUGUGCCCCUUCCACAGCAGGGCCAUCUCCAGUCUGACCACCAGAGGGCCCCGCCUCCCGACAGAGACACGCCCGCCGUGGCGGAGGGGCUGACCCGGAGGGCUCCCCGUAUGGCGGCAAAGCCUCGCACUGCAAAGGAUGACAUCACUGCCCCGACGUCCUCCGAGGACAGCUUCAGCCUGAGCUCGGAGGACCACCUGGCAGACGGCCGAUUUCGAGCAGAUGACCCGCGCGACACCCUCUACGAGGCCCGGGCCAAGUCCUGCUCCCCCUGCCGGCUGUGGGAGGGCAAUGGCGGGUUCACCCAGCCGCGUUUUGCAGGGGCCCAGGCACUCCUACGGCUGAAGCAAGCCCAAAGCAGCCUGUCAACAGACAGCCUGAACAGCAGCGGCAGCACCAGUGAUGGCUACGGUGGCGGCGGCGGCAAUAAGAACACAGACCAGCUUCGCCCCGCUGCACGCAGAUCUGUGUCGGCCAGUGGCCGGAAACGGCCCGACAGACUCGACCUGAAGGAGGCGCUCUACGGCCGCCCGGAAAAGGAAGGGCGGCGUGUCGUUCCUCCUGAAAGGGACGUGCGCUGCUUUGUGCCCCCGGAAAAGGACACAGGCUGCAUCGCUCCUGAAAAACAAGUGCACUGCAUUACCAGUAAAACCAGUCAGAUCAAGGCGCCAGAAGGAGACUCAGAGGACAGCCGAGAAGCACCUACUCCAGUGGCAAAUGAGGGAAAGCGUGCAGAGCUGCCACAAAUUCCACCAUCCACUAAACAUGCAGCUGGUGCCUAUACCCCGCCAAUCAAGCUGUCGCCCUCUUAUCAACACGUCCCACUGAUCCAGAGCGUGGCCAAGUUCGGGGUUGCCAAGACUACCAUCGACGUCCAGGCGGCCCAGGGGAUGAGACGUCAAGCAUGGGUGCCCACAGUGCUGACGGGCGGGGCGCUGACGAGCAAGCUGUCCCCAGCCAGCUGCAGCGCCUGGAGCCCGGCCCUGGGGCAGGAGACGCUGCAGCGGUACUCUGUGGAGAACACGCCCAUCUGCUUCUCCCGCUGCAGCUCGCUGUCCUCCCUCUCCUCUGCCGACGGAGGCCUGGAGGGCCGCAGCCAGAGCCAGCUGGAGAACGAGCUGGACAGCGACGCCUCGCUGGAAAUCAUCGAGGUGGAGGAAGGAAACCUGGUCAAGAGGGAGGAGGCAGAGGAGGAUGAGGAGGAUGAGAACACCUUGGAUGACCUGAGUGAGAGCCAGCCACUGGAGGAGGACACGGUCACAAAACUUCCCCCUGUCCCUACCUCCCAGCCUGUGGAGAUCCCCCGUCCCACCCGGCGUGAGAAAAUCUUCAUCCGGCAGGAGGACCAGACGCCCUCCAGUCCCUCAGAGAACUGCGUGCAGGACAGCCCACUGGUUCUGAGCCGCUGUAGUUCUGUAAGCUCACUGGGCAGCUUUGAGUCGCCUUCCUUUGCCAGCUCAGUCCAGAGUGACCCAGGCAGCGAGCAAAUCAGUGGCACCAUCAGUCCCAGCGACCUGCCCGACAGCCCCGGGCAGACCAUGCCGCCCAGUCGCUGCAAAACUCCCUGCUGCCCCGCUGACCCAGGUGGCCAGGAGACCCAAGCACAGAUGGGGGGGAUGGGAAUGGGAUAUGGGGUGGGAGUAGGUUCACAGUGGGAGGCCGGAGCCUGGAGGAGGUUUGCUGAAAUUGCAGACUUCCGGGAGCGGUACAACUUGCCACCGGACCUUGAUACCAUGAUCUAUUUCACUGUGGAGAGGCCCACAGAGAACUUCUCGUGCGCCUCCAGCCUCAGUGCCCUGCCCCUGCAUGAACACUACAUCCAGAAGGAUGUGGAACUGAAGCUCACACCCCUGCUCCACCAGAGAGGGGGCGGCGACAACGAUAACAACCUCGGAGGGGGGGCGUGGGACGAGCAAGGUGGGGAGCGCCCCUCCGUCCUGGACAUGGAGAAGUACAGCGAGGGCAACUCCGAUGAUGACAUUGAGAUCCUGAAGGAGUGCAUCAGCUCAGCUAUGCCCUCGCGCUUCAAGACCAGGUCCUCCCUUCUGGCCAACCUCCCCAGGCCUGUCUUUGGUGCCCAGAGCCACAGGUCCACCACACAAUUGCCACUGUACAUGCUGCUCCCAACACAGGCCACCCAGAGGCAGCCCCCCAUGCCAGGGAAGCUUGAGAGGGGGGGCUCUUACCACGACAGCUCUUACCAUGACGACUCCUCCUACAGCGACUCACCCAUGAACAUCUCCAGCACCACGUCCCAGAGCGACGAGACCCUCCGCUAUGCCGCCAAGGAGCCGGGGGUGGAUCCAGACGUGCGGCGGAUUGAGGAGCUGCGGGCCUUCUCCCGCUUUCACAAGCCUGCCAGGGCAGCGGGCCAGCCGCCCGUGGCGCCUGACCAGACGAACCGGACUUUCAGACGGGUGGGGCCGGUGCAAAGGGCGGCGGUGGCGGCGUCUCAGGUUCGAGGCGGAGUCCGGUUGCAGAGCCAUCUUCUCCCCCCAAGGCAGGAGCAGACCCGGGGCAGGGCCGGGCCACUACUGGGGCUGCCCGUCAUUAAGAAGAACGUUCCGGGAUGCGGAGAUCAGAAGGGGGCGCGCAGGGAGCUCACCCAGCGCAGCUUCCAUUUCCAGUCCCGGCGGCUGCAGGCUGCUCCCGGGCACGAGCUUGUCUGCUGCUCCUGUGGCGAUCUGACCAAAGUGCAGGAGGAGGAGGAGGAGCCAGUGGCAAACCAGGAGAGGACACUGCAUGCAAAAAUGGGCGGCAGGAAUGAGACAGCCCAAAGGCAGAUUAACAUCAGCCAAGGGGUCAACAGAGCCUUUCCUGCGAAGGGCAAGCACGCGAUGAUCGCAAAUGCAAACCUCUCUCGCCAGCCCCUCAGCUCCUCUCUCAGAUCGCUGAGCUUCUCCAGCCUGGAGGAGGGCCAGGGCAAGACGUGGGUGCGAAACAGGCGGCACGCGACCCCCAGCUAUGCCCACGAGGCCGUAAGACUGCCCGGCGGGCGUGGACAGUUUGAGCGAGGACGUGAAAGGGACAGCUCCCCGAGCUCAGUCAGCCUGGACUCGGAGGACGACCUGCUGCAGAAGUGCAUCACCUCCGGCAUGCCAGCGCAGAGGAAGAGGCUGGCGGCCGCCCGCAAAAAGAAGGUGGAGAAGAGGCAGCGGGCCAAGACCGAGCACGAAGCGGCGCACAACGCUUUUGGGAGCUGGGAUUCAGACCGAGAUCCAGGCAGCGAGGGGGACACGGCGUCCGAUUCGGACCUCAACAGCGUGGAGUGGCGGGCCAUCCAGGAGGGGGCGCGGUCCGUGGUCAUGCACCUGCAGGCCGUGUCCCAGUCCCAGGAGCCCUCCUCUGAGACAGAGUCCGAGUCCGGGCUCUCCCUGAUGUCCGACGUGUCGAGCCUCCACUCCAGACCAGGUGCCAAGAAGAAGGGCGGCAAGGACAACAGAGGGAACGGGAAAAUGCCGGAGGGCCGGAAUGCCGGGAAACCGCUGGACUUCUCCCAGCGGAAGCCAGUCCCCAACAUGCCCGUGGUCUUCAGGGGGAGGACGGUAAUCUACACCCCAAAGAAGGAGCCAAUUUCGCAGAGGCCACCCCCAACCAGAGUUUCGACAGCCAAAAACCCAAGCUUGGCGCAGCACCGGUCCAAGAGCCUGCACAGGCUGGCACAGCCCGGCGAGGAGCAGCCCGAGUUCUUCCUGCCCAAACGUAGCUCCACACCCCCCGCCAGGAUCCCCAAGAGCUCAUCUUCUGGCUCCACCUCGUCCCAGAGCUCCACCCCGCUAAAGCGGCCCCAGAAGAAGUCCAGCGCCCCCUGGCCGGCGGAGAAGCCCGUUCAAAAAACCGGCGGGGUAAAGGCAGCAGUGAGCAGUCCGGGCAAGGGCCGUAAGGAGGCCACCUCUCCACCGGCCGCCCAGAGAGCUGCCACACCCAGGCCUCCAGAGCCGAAGAAGACGCACAAAUCGCCGGUCCGCAUCCCGUUCAUGCAGACUCUGCCCAAACCGCCUUCCAGAACCAUCUCCCCUCUGGUCACCAGUGAGCCAUCCAACAAAGUGGGCCAGCAGAGGUCACCAGCGGUCCGUGGCAGGCAGCCUGUGCCUGCCGGCAGCCGCCUUAACCCGCCGACCCGCUCCGGACGGCCUCCCGCCCACAACUCCGAUCGCAGUGGCUUUCUGCGGCAGCUGACCUUCAUCAAGGAGUCCCCGCCCCGCGUGUCCAGGAGGGAAGCGAUGGGGGCCGGAGGGUCGCGGUCGGUACCCACCUCCCAAUGUGCAUCGCCCCGUAGGGCGCGGCCCGUAGCCCCCGCCGUCUUCCUCUGCUCGUCGCGCUGCCAGGAGCUGAAGAGCACCGUGCAGAAACAACAGCCACGGGUGCAAGAAAGGGGCCAGAACCGGGGGCAGGGGGCAGCACUUGGGCAGAGGCAAAGGCUGCUGGGACAGAGCCCAUCGAUCAACAGGGCCAACUCUGGCAGUGACCGGGACCUUUCAGCGGGACGUCCCGCUCGAAGAGCUGGAUCGGAGAGCCCUUGCCGGGCACCCCAGAAAAAUGGAGUCGUCUCCUCCGCCAUCGGGAGCGGCAGGCCACGGGACAGUGAGGCAUUCAAGCGUUACUCGUCGUCCCCGGCCAUCAACGCCCUGAACCGAACGACUAGCCGCUCCUCCAUGCGCUCGUCCUCCUCAGACUCCAGCGGGAGAGCCAAGAGCGAGGCUGGGGGCGUGGGCAGGACCGGGGGAGUGGCCAAGGGCGGGGUCACCUGGAGGAGGAUCCGGGACGAGGACGUGCCCCACAUCCUGCGGAGCACCCUGCCGUCUAACGCGUUGCCCCUGGUACCGUCCCCCGACGGGAAAAACCCGCCAAUGCCGCCGCCGCCGCCGCGCAGAACGAGCGACGCCACGGUGCAGACGGAGGAUUUCUCCAGCAGGAUCAGCUCCAGCACCUCCCCGACCUUGGAGGGGAGCCCCUCAGCCAAGGGCCCCCAGAGAGCCAGCCGGGACAGCCCCACCCCCCCCUCGCUCACCACCGAGGGACACAGCGGGGGCGUAGGCCACUUCCGCCAGAGCUGCCCCAGCAAAGCUGUCAGAGUCACACCCUUCAACUACACACCCAGCCCCGCCCCCUGCGGCCCGCGGCACACCUCCACACAGCCCCCAAAAAUCAGCGAGGCGCAAGAGGAGGAGCUCCAGGCUCAGUGAAGCAUGCAACUGAAACACACACACACACACACACACACACACACACACACACAGGAAACACAAGCACACACAAACACGUGCACACUCACGCACGCACGCACGCACACACACACACACACACACACACAGAAAACAAGCACACACACAAACAUGUGCACACUCACGCAUGCAUGCACGCACGCACACACACACACACACACUCUACAUACUCGGAUCUUAAGGUACUGAAAUACCACCCAAUGCUUUCUCACUCAGGAUUGUCUGCUGUGUGUUAAUCCUUUAUUACCUCUGGAAUCUUACAUUUCAAACUUCCCCGAGUUCAGGAGUCUGUCCGUCCGUCCUCAAGGCUAUGAACACAGUUAACCCGAACGGCUGCAUUCAGAACACAUCCCGCGGUUACGAUUUCAGCGGGAAACCAUGAAACUUUCCUGACGGACUUUUCUGCAUUUACUGAAGCUAAAUGCUGAAGUGCAAAUGCUUCAGCCUCCCGUGACUGAAAUAAAGGACAUAAACUUAUCGGCAUCAACAACUACAUCAACAAACAGGACAUGUUGGAGAGAUACACACCGCGGCAGGAUUUUUAAAUCAUUUUUAUAACUGCAUAGACAGUUUACCGUUUCUCUAUUGUGUGUUUCAAGUAUUGUGUUAAUAAGGAAAUGUGUACGAGCUAACUCAUAUUACAGGACGUACAUGCCCGCAAGUGAAAUUUAGUCGUGAGAUAAUCGAGAGAAAACAAUAUGCAAACAACCAAGCCAGAAACCAGUCUGGGAGGUGAUCUGCUUGCACACUGUAGCCUGUACUUCAAAAUAUUGACUUAUUGUGACUGAAGAAACAAAACCGUUUAAGGUAUGACUAUUGAACUUCACACACACACACACAUAAAUAAAUCAAGGAAUUCUACCCCAGGCUCUUCGAGUACAGGAUGGUAGGCCUGCAGCAUUUAAGGUAGGCCGAUGUAUCAUGAAGCACUUGGAUGGCGCCUCAUGACCAGAGACUACGGGAGUUGAGGGACUAACCGUGCUUUUAACCCCCGUGGAUCUUCUCACCUGAGUGUCAGCUUAUCGCGCCGAAAACGAUCUGCGUCAGUGUAGUCGCCAUCUUUGGCGCCGUCGAUCGCGUCACUUCCUGGGGAUCCGUUAAUGGCGCUCUUCUCUCCCGCUGUAACCGACCGAGCAACACUGCCGAACUUCUGUACACGAGAGCACUCAACACGUCUCCCCACCUGAGCUACAGGUGAACGCCGGAACAAAGCCACUCUUCAGCUGCGUUCACCAAAUUAAAGACAAAAAAUAACGGGGGACGGAAGACAUGAAUAACAAUGGAUGCUUCCCUUUAAAACAGCCUUCCAGUGAUCGUUCCUGAAUUAGCUUUGUGACCGUGUCGAGUCGUCCGAUGAAAAACCUAAACUGUUGACAUACCGUGUUAUCGUAUGCUAUGUUUGUUUAUCGUGUUUGACCUCUGAAGUCUUGAGACGAACUUCAGCUGAAUAAUAUAUUUUAAAAAACAAAAACGUUAAAAAAAAAUGUUAUGACUGUUGGAUAUUAUGAGGUAAUAUUGAGUGCAGUUUGUCGUUGCCACUUAAACCUUUACCAGUUUAACCUUUUACCAGUUUAACCGCCGGUAUAAAACAACGGAGUCUAGGAGGGAGCCAAAAGUGUUUCGUCAAAACGUGUUCGCUAAAGAUUACACCGAUCGAGAUUCCUGCUGGAAACGGUUCAGCUGCGUAAAAACCAGCUCGACCCCCCAUGUUUUAACACAGGAGAGUUUAGGAAGAGUUGAUCAAUGAAAAUAAUGUUCAGGCUGUUUUUCCUCCCUUGAUAAGUGGCUGUUCUAAUUCGCAGAUUUUUAUAGCGGGUGGAUGGACUGGUACAGUGGGUUCAAAGAAUAGGACAACCCGUCCAGAAGCUGGUGCAUCAGUGCAGUAUUGGGAUUUAAAUAUACUGUUCUACAGGACCAGGAGUAUUUACUCUGUACUAGAGAGGAACUGUUAUAGCUCUUUCUGAAUCAAUAUGGACCAAUAUAUUUUCAGCAUAUUCAUCUUUUUUGGGGGGCGGGGGCGGGGUGGGGGGGUGGUUCUCCCCUGUGGUUCCAGUUGUAAAUUACUCUAAAACUCUGAGAAGGGUCUGACCCUCUGGGGCAAGGAUGGUCUUUUCAGUUUACCAUUUCAAACUAGCGAUUUAACCUCAAAAGCAUCAUUGCAAUCGGUAUGCCCGUUUCAUUGUUUUACCUCCAUGUCCACCAGGGGGCGCAAACUGCCAUGUAAAUACAUUGUGUGCACUGUAUGCCUAUGAAGAGUAAUGAGCCUUCAUAUUUCAGUAUUAUGCUUUGGCAUAAGCCAGAAGCUGAUGAUGUAUUGUCAUGAGUUAGGACUGAGAAACAUAUACACAUUUAUUUGUUGUGCUUGGUGGAAUUGCAACCCCGUUUUAGUGUCUCUGGCCUGCCUCAGAUUGGGGUGCGUUUUUGUGUUGGGAAAACCAGACUGCCCUCACGAAAUGUGUUUCUGACAGGAGAUGGGUAGCGUUUCUCAAACUGAGGGGGGUCAAGAAAUAAAAAGACAAAACUGUUUUAAUCCAAUUAGAAUUAAUGCUAUUUUAUUUAGAGUGUUUCCCUCUCGCUCUCUCUCUCUCUCUCUCAUUCACAGCUGAUAUUAGAAAACCAACCAAAGAAAAAAAUUAAAAUCACAGUAAAAACAAACAACAAAAAAGAGAAGUGGAGUAAAGGCCCAUGUCUUCAGCACUUACACCGUAUAUCAAUCUAUCAUCCCGUUUUAGCGCUGAGCUUAUGACACACGUUAAUACUUCCUACCUACAGUUACAAAAAUCCAGUUAACUUCUGCAUCAUGUCCGAGAAACUGAUCGCUCUUCCUCUAUGGUGGCUGCUGACAAGGGGCACUCAUUACAGGCAGCACGUAGAGCCAGCCCCUAAGCCUGAACCUGCUAGUACGGUUCUUCUGCACACACAUCAGUUAUGCGGAACACUCCACUCUAAAAA